AUGGCCUACAACAAAGCAUUCAAUCCUGAUGCAUUGCCUGCUCAUGCAGAGCCAGAGCAGGCUGCUCAAGCCCUCAGUCAACUGCAAGGAAAUCGCAGACCCUCUCCCAACAGCCGGUAUCCAAAUCCACAGCCGCUGAGUCCGCAUGACCCUCGAUCUUCAACACCAGGCGCGCGACGAACCUCACCAGCAGGCAUACCAGCCCAAAAUCCAGGUCGGCCCUCGCCCGUUCAAACACACCUUCCGCAUCGACCCCCGAGCAAUCAACCAUAUGGCGAUAACCAGCCUGGUCGCCUCCAUUCUCCUUCAUCGCAAAUGAACCACGGUUACCCACCUGGACCUCGCCCUCAAACAGACCCUUCGAACUUCCGCAGACCAUCCAAUGAAGCACAUCAAUAUCCGGCGCGUACACCGGCGCCGCCUGAUCCAGACUCUGUCGAUCUCCUCCCUCUCUUUCGAGCGGCGAACGUGUCUGGCACAGGAUCGCUUACCACGGCAGAAUUAGGGUCUGCCUUGGUCAAUGCCGAUUUCACACCAUUUCACAGCUUGACCAUAUCGUCUCUGAUGCGCAUGUUCACUACCUCACCCCCUAAUCAGCCUCAGGGUCUCACCAUCACUUUCACGGAAUUCGAAAGCCUCUGGCGGUUUCUCGCCGCGUGGCGCACGCUAUUCGAACGUUUCGACGAAGACAGGAGCGGCCGCAUUUCUUUAGGGGAGUUUUCAAAGGCUCUGACGGCUUUUGGCUACCGAUUAUCGCAACCUUUUGUCGGCGUGUUAUACAGCACCUUCAACGACCGGAGUCCGGUUUCGAAGCAGGGGAUGAGCUUCGAUCUAUUUGUACAGGCUUGUAUCAGUUUGAGGAGGAUGACAGAUGUGUUUAAGAAAUACGACGACGACCGGGACGGAUAUGUGACCUUGAGUUUUGAGGAAUUCCUCACGGAAAUUCUUCGGUUACGCGACUGA